UUCAAAAACCUCUCCAAAUUCUCUGCUAAAGGCUCCUGAAAAGUUUCUGUCUUUCUUUCAAAUUUUCUUUGUUCAGUUCACCCACUUUCUUGUUCUUGUGGUAAGAACAAGAAAGAUUAGCUGAUUUCAAAAUGUCGACGCAGAACCGGCGGUCAUCCUUUUCGUCGUCCACGACGUCGUCUUUAGCUAAACGGCAUGCGUCCUCGUCAGAGAAUGUGAGCAAGUUCAUGGCGGUCCCACCGCAUUUAACGAAGAAGCGAGCGCCACUUGGUAACAUUAGCAAUCUAAGGAAUGUCACUCAAAGUGGUUCAAAAAGCUGGCUCUCCUCCUCUUCUUUGGUACCAUGCUCGAGUAAAGUUGCCAAAACAAAGAAAUCUAAUCCUGCCUCCAGUGUCAGCACAAGCUUCUCUGGGAACCUUUUACCUGCAUCAUUAAGUUCAAAAUCAAACACAGUUGUUCCUUCUAAGGUUACAUCUUUACCAAGAACUGAAGAACCUGCCCCUAGUAUUGUAAAAUCAAGCAAUGUUUUUCCUUCUAAAGUUGCAUCAUUACCCAGAAGUGAUAAAAUUGUACCUAGUAUUGCUGCAGUUCCAGCUUCUUGUUGCAUGGAUGUUUCUCCUUCUAAAUCAGAUGCAAAUUCAGUUUCUAUGGAUGAGACGAUGUCUGCUUGUGAUUCUUUCAAGAGCCCUGAUGUUGAAUAUAUUGAUAACAAUGAUGUGCCGGCACUUGAUUCUAUUAAUAGGAAUACAUUUAGAAAUCUCUACAUUUCAGACCAUGCGGAAACAACAGGGAAUGGCUGCAGUAGAGACAUACUUGUGGAGAUGGAAAUGGACGAUAAAAUUGUUAAUCUCGAUGAUAAUUACAUGGAUCCACAGCUUUGUGCAACUUUUGCUUGUGAUAUCUACAAGCACUUGCGCGCAUCUGAGGCAAAGAAAAGGCCUGCAACAGACUUCAUGGAGAGAAUUCAGAAAGAUAUAAAUUGCAGUAUGCGGGCAAUACUGAUUGAUUGGCUUGUGGAGGUGGCUGAAGAGUAUAGGCUUGUACCUGAUACAUUGUAUUUGACUGUAAACUACAUAGAUCGGUAUCUUUCAGGGAAUGCAAUGAAUAGGCAACGUCUCCAGUUGCUUGGUGUUGCCUGCAUGAUGAUUGCAGCAAAAUAUGAAGAAAUUUGUGCACCCCAGGUGGAGGAAUUCUGUUAUAUUACUGAUAACACGUAUUUCAAGGAAGAGGUUCUUGAAAUGGAAUCUGCAGUUUUGAAUUACUUGAAGUUUGAAAUGACAGCUCCCACAGCCAAAUGUUUCUUACGGCGAUUUGUUCGCGCUGCUCAAGUGAUAAACGAGGCUCCAUCAAUGCAGUUGGAAUGCUUAGCAAACUACAUUGCAGAAUUAUCUCUUCUAGAGUACAGUAUGCUCUGUUAUGCUCCAUCACUCAUUGCCGCUUCUGCAAUUUUCUUGGCAAAAUACAUAGUUCUCCCAUCAAAGAGACCUUGGAGUUCGACGUUGCAGCAUUACACACUUUACCAGCCUUUGGACUUGAUCGACUGUGUUAAAGAUCUUUAUCGCCUAUGCUGUAAUAGCAAUAGUUCAAGUCUACCAGCAAUCAGGGAAAAGUACAGUCAGCACAAGUAUAAAUAUGUGGCGAAGAAGUUGUGUCCUCCAUCAAUUCCUGCAGAGUUCUUCCACAGCCACUAGACAUUUGCAGAUUGUUCCAAUAUCCCGUUGGAUAGACUUCUCUUCUGGUGACUUUGCUGCUAUUUCUGGUUGCAUGGAAUGGAUUCCCAGUUUUAACAUUCUUUUUUCAAUGUUGAUGUAGCAAGCCAACAGCUUUGAGGUUAUUGUAUGAUAAAUUCUUCCUUCCUGUUUA